UCCUUAAUUCACCAGCAAUUCCGUUUUCUUUCACCAAUGAUGGCUGAGCUGCUUUUCCACAAGGUAAGCCCCCCACUCUUUCCUCCUCCUCCUCCACCACAACCACCGUCUCUUCUCUCUCUAUAAUCUCUCUCUAACUCUAAUGCAAUUUUUUCUCUUCCAGAUUCAAUCCUUCUUCAUCUUCCUCACAACAUCAUUACCUUAAAACCCCCCCAAAAAAAAACAUGAGCGUUCAACCACCGCCGCAGCUGAUGUGGCCACCAUCAAAUCAUCCACCGUUCACAGUAUCCCAAUGGCAAGAGCUAGAACAUCAAGCUCUCAUCUUCAAGUAUCUCAAAGCUGGUGUAUCUGUUCCUCCAGACCUUCUUUUACCUAUUAGGAAAAGUCUCCAAUUGAUGUCACACCCAUCUCUGGGUUAUUAUGGUAAAAAAAUUGACCCAGAACCAGGUAGGUGUAGAAGAACAGAUGGAAAAAAAUGGAGAUGUGCUAAGGAUGCUCAUCCUGAUUCUAAGUACUGUGACCGUCAUAUGAUACGACGUCGUUACCGUUCAAGAAAGCCUGUGGAAUCUUCUUCUUGUUCUUCUCAAUCUUCUUCAGUUACAGUUUCUAGUACUUCACAACAAAUUGGUUCUUCUAUUGGAACUGCUUCUGCUACUGUUACUGCUUCUGCUGCUGUUACUGCUGCUUCAACCUUUCAUACUCUUCCUUUGCAUACAAAUGGUACUCGUGAAGGUUUAGCUUUCACUCUUGGGAACACCAUACCCCACAUGGACCCUAUGCUUCUUUCUCAUCAAGGUUCUAAGAAAUCUUAUAGGUUUGGACUGAACACGGAAGCAGAAGAGCACGACCUUGUACAGAAAGAUUUCGGAACUGUGAAGUAUCAAGGCUACGACUUCACUUCAGACGACACCUGGUAUAAUAACAUGUCACAGAUUCCAUCAAACAAUGUGUCAGAAUCCAGGACCGGUUCUACCAUGGUUAACAAAGGCAACUACUUCCAACAGCAGCGAGCACGAGAGCCUGAGCAGCUGUUUAACCUCGACACUGCAAGGUCCAAGGAAAUCGUCUUUAACAGCCAGUUAGGUAAUUUUAAACAGGAAUAUCAAUCUUCACAAUCUCUCUUCAGUGACUGGCAGUGGAAGAAAGAUUUAGCCUCAUCUGGCAUGGAGUAUAAGCCAAGCAAGGAUUUUAAUACUAAUCCAGAUAUCAAUGCAGAUUGAAAUCCUACUUUAUGAAGCUUGCAAAGAAGUGUUGUCAGAAUCAUGGUUUAAUUUUCAAGCAUCAAUGUUGUUUGUUAUUGUUGUUAUUCUCUAUGUAGUAUACUUAAAGGAGUUGUUAUUAUGCUUUCUUUACACGUAAACUUUGUAAUAUUUGAUUGUGUUUUUCUUUUUCUUUGUUGUUUGAAUAUUGUCUUUUAUGAUCAAAGUCUUAUGAUUGUUAGA